CUAAGGACCGGCCAAUAAGUUGCUGGUCUGAGAGUACGGACCGAGCAUUGCUCCCCUUGUGUUGAAAGCUCAGCUCAUCCGGGGCUAAACGGUCAGAAUCUCGUAAUCCGUGCAAGUGGGACCUUGCCCCCGACCUCAACUCUUUGAUGUGGUCCAUUUCAUUCCUCGCCGCUCGCCGCUCGCCGCUCGACAGGGGAAGGAAAUAGGCGGACGUUGGAAGAGGGUCAGGGUGAUUUCCAGAGUGCCACGGAGCGUCGAAGGGGGAUAAGAGAGGGAUCGUACGGCGAUCUGAUCACAUGCCUCCCUCCGCGUACGGGACAUCUCGCUCAACGGCCGCAUUCUUGCCCAGAGGUGCAGCUGUGAAGAAGUCGGGGCUUGGGCUCAGUUUCCAGCACAAGUGCAGCGCUGUCUCCUUGCGGACUGGUUCGUCGCCUCUGCCGAAGGGUGCGCACGGCGCUUCUUGCAGACAAGCAUCGCCGUCCGGGGCGAUGGUGUCUGUAGCAAGAAGGGGUGACGAUUGCUGGGAAGCGGCUGUGAAGCAACAAGCUGCCCGUCCGUGCUGCAGCUCUUGGGUGUCGGAUUCCUCCGUCUCUGCUGCCGUUUCCUCUGCCGUCAGAUUUCACAGAAGAGGAGGGGCAAGGUGGCCUUCAAUACCUCGUCAGCGAGGAGUUGCGCAUGUAGUGGGAAGUUCUGUUCAGAGCGUGAAUGAGGAGGAGGAAGAGGAUAGAGAAGACGAAGAGGACUUGGAGAAGGACGGGGAUGAUGAUGCGGGGGAGAAUAAGGAUGAAGGGCAGGGUGCCGAGGCGUUCGGAGUAGUUGAUUGCAUUCUCGCUAGCCGUGUUACGGAGGAUGGGACAAAGACUGAGUACCUGGUCAAGUGGAUGGACGACCAUCCCGACAGCUGGGAGCCGGCGGAAAACGUGGCCAUGGACAUAAGCCGCGAGUUCGAGAUCCCGUGGUGGGAAGCCGCUCGUAAAGCCGAUGCGGCGCAACUGACUGAUCUGUUGGAUCAAGGGAGGGAUGUGAACGCCAUCGACGAAAAUCAACGGACAGCGUUGCAUUUUGCAGCUGGCCUCGGGUCUGAGAAAGCCAUCCGCUUGCUCGGAAGCGUCGGCGCUGCCGUCGACCCUCACGAUAAGGAUGGCUAUACACCCCUGCACAUUGCUGCAGGCUACGUCCACCUGACAUGCGUCAAAGCCUUGUUAGAGCUUGGCGCCGAUCCGGAGGCCAUUGACAACCAGGGACGAAGCGUGCUCGAUCUGGCGCGACAAUUGCUGGAUCGCACUCCUCAAGCGAACCCUAUGCAUUUCGCCCGCCGAAUAGCUCUCGAUCAAGUCGUCAGAGCUUUAGAUGAGGCCAUCUUCGAAGAUGUGCAGGUUGAGCAGGUCUUGGAGAAGCGCAUUGACGGAGAUGGAGUUGUAGAGUACCUCGUGCGGUGGAGCGACGAUAGCGAGGACUCGUGGAUUUCCGCCGAAGACGUCGGGGAGGACUUGAUUAAGGACUUCGAAUCUGGGCUGGAAUAUGCUGUGGCAGAGGAGGUCCUUGAUAAGAGGGAGAGUGACGGUCGUGUAGAGUACCUUGUGAAGUGGGCAGAUGAUGACGAAAACACGUGGGAGCCCGCAGGGAACGUGUCGGCGGAGGUCAUUGCGGAGUUCGAGGGCAAGGCGGCAACGCAGAGCUAGAGAAACUCGAAACAAAGCCAAGUUUCAUUC